AUGGCGCACAUCUAUGAGGUCGGUACACGGGCCUGGCAGCCCGAUCCGACAGAAGGGUGGCUGGCGUCCGAGGUGAAGGAGAAGCUGGUGGAUGGGGAGAAGGUGCAAUUAGUGUUUGAGCUGGAAAAUGGCGAGACAAAAACCGUUGAGACCACGCAGUCCGAACUGCAGGUGGACAACAAUCCCAAGUUACCACCGCUUAUGAACCCGGCGAUGCUUGAAGCAAGUGAAGACCUAACAAACCUGUCGCAUUUGAAUGAGCCAGCCGUCCUCCAGGCUAUCAAGCUUCGAUAUGCUCAAAAGGAGAUAUAUACCUACAGUGGUAUCGUCCUGAUCGCAACCAACCCUUUCGCUCGAGUCGACUCGCUCUACGUGCCGCAGAUGGUGCAGGUCUAUGCUGGGAAACACCGUGCCUCACAAGCCCCUCACCUGUUCGCCAUUGCGGAAGAAGCUUUCGCUGAUAUGCUCCGCGACGGAAAGAACCAAACGAUCGUGGUCUCUGGAGAAUCCGGUGCCGGUAAGACCGUUAGCGCCAAGUAUAUCAUGCGUUAUUUUGCGACUCGCGAAUCUUCCGAUCAGCCCGGAAAGUACACCACAAGCCGAGCAGAAGCGAUCAGUGAGACCGAGGAGGCGAUUCUAGCGACCAACCCGGUCAUGGAAGCUUUUGGUAACGCCAAAACGACACGUAACGACAACUCUUCCCGGUUCGGAAAAUACAUUGAGAUCAUGUUUGACGACCGGACGAACAUCAUUGGUGCGAAGAUUCGGACAUAUCUUCUUGAGCGAUCGAGACUGGUGUUCCAGCCUUUGAAGGAACGCAAUUAUCACAUCUUCUAUCAGCUUGUGGCUGGUGCCACGGACGCUGAGAAACAGGAGCUGGGCCUCUUGCCUAUCGAAGACUUCGAAUAUCUCAACCAGGGUGGCACACCUGUGAUUGACGGCGUUGAUGACAAGGAAGAAUUCGAGGCAACUAGAAAGUCACUGGCUGUCAUUGGUGUGCCCAAGGAAGACCAAACUGACAUUUUCCGUGUUUUGGCUGCCUUGCUGCACUUGGGCAAUGUCAAGAUCACGGCUACUCGCACGGAAUCCUCCGUCUCGGCAACCGAACCAGCUCUGGUCCGCGCUUGCGAGAUGCUUGGAAUCGAUCCUACUGAAUUUGCCAAAUGGAUUGUGAAAAAGCAAUUGAUCACCCGUGGCGAGAAGAUUACUUCCAACCUUACACAACAACAAGCUUUGGUCGUACGAGACUCCGUCUCCAAGUUCAUCUACUCCAGUCUGUUUGAUUGGUUGGUCGAUAAGAUUAAUCGUCGCUUGGCUACAGACGAGGUUCUUGAGAAAUUCAAGUGUUUCAUUGGUGUUUUGGAUAUCUAUGGCUUCGAGCACUUCGCUAAGAACUCCUUCGAGCAGUUCUGUAUCAACUAUGCCAACGAGAAGCUCCAGCAGGAAUUCAACCAGCAUGUGUUCAAGCUUGAACAGGAAGAAUAUGUGCGGGAGGAGAUUGACUGGACCUUCAUUGAUUUCUCGGAUAACCAGCCCUGCAUUGAUCUCAUUGAGUCGAAGCUCGGUGUCCUGGCUCUUCUGGACGAAGAGUCUAGACUUCCCAUGGGCUCUGAUGAGCAGUUCGUCACUAAGCUUCAUCAUCAUUUUGCUGCCGAUAAGCAGAAGUUCUACAAAAAGCCUCGCUUCGGGAAAUCUGCGUUCACCGUCUGUCACUACGCCGUUGAUGUCACCUAUGAGUCUGAUGGAUUCAUUGAGAAAAACCGUGACACUGUACCUGACGAACACUUGGAAGUGUUGCGCAACUCUUCCAACCCCUUCAUUAAGGAGAUUCUUGACACUGCCGCUGCUGUUCGGGAAAAGGACUCUGCUUCCAUGUCAUCCAAACCCGUGGCGGCGGCUCCUGGACGUCGUAUUGGUGUCGCAGUGAACCGCAAACCCACUCUGGGAGGCAUCUUCAAGUCCUCACUGAUUGAGUUGAUGAACACCAUCAACAACACAGAAGUCCAUUACAUUCGUUGCAUCAAACCUAAUGAGGCAAAGGAAGCCUGGAAGUUCGAGGGGCCUAUGGUUCUCAGUCAGCUGAGGGCUUGUGGUGUCUUGGAGACUGUUCGCAUCAGUACUGCUGGUUACCCAACCCGGUGGACGUACGAGGAAUUUGCUUUCCGUUACUACAUGCUGUGUCAUUCCUCGCAGUGGACAUCGGAGAUUCGACAAAUGUGCCACGCAAUUCUCCGUAAAGCCCUGGGAGAUGAAAAGCAGGACAAGUACCAGCUCGGUUUAACAAAGAUCUUCUUCAGGGCUGGUAUGCUGGCCUUCCUUGAGAAUCUCCGAACAUCCAGAUUGAACGAGUGCGCCAUCAUGAUCCAAAAGAAUUUGCGUGCCAAGUAUUACCGACGCCGCUAUCUCGAUGCUCGCGAAUCUAUUCUCACCACACAGGCCUUCAUCCGAGGCUUCCUGGCCCGCCAGCAGGCCCAGGAGAUCCGUCGGGCUAAGGCUGCUACUACCAUCCAGCGGGUCUGGCGUGGUCAGAAGGAGAAGAAGCGUUACACUCAAAUCCGCAAGAACUUCAUCAUGUUCGAGUCUAUCGCGAAGGGUUUCUUAUGCCGUCGCAACAUCAUGGACUCGAUCAACGGAAACGCAGCGAAGGUGAUCCAGCGUGCAUUCCGCUCAUGGCGUCAAAUACGGUCCUGGAGACAGUAUCGCCGCAAGGUUAUCACCAUCCAAAACCUGUGGAGAGGUAGGGAGGCAAGAAACGCCUACAAAAGACUCCGUGAGGAUGCUCGCGAUCUUAAGCAAAUUUCUUACAAGCUGGAGAACAAGGUCGUUGAGUUGACUCAGUACCUGCAAUCUCUCAAGCUGGAGAACAAGACUUUGGUUUCGCAACUGGAUAACUACGAUACCCAGUUGAAGUCCUGGCGAAGUCGACACAAUGCUUUGGAUGCCCGCACUAAGGAACUACAGGCUGAGGCAAACCAGGCUGGUAUCACUGCGGCUCGAUUGGAAGUGAUUGAGGAAGAGAUGGCCAAACUUCAACAAAGCCAUACCGAGGCCCAAGCUACCAUAAAGCGCCUCCAGGAAGAAGAGAGGAUCUCCCGUGGCGCUCUGCAGGCUGCCAACGAGGAGUUGGAGCGCCUCAAACUUCUGGACGCUGACCAUGAGAAGGACAAGACUGGUCUUAGGCAGCGAAUUUCCGAGCUCGAGGAACAGUUGGAGGUUGCCAAGAGAUCUGUGCCAGUCAACGGCGCCAACGGUGACCUGCCAAACGGUGGUGCUGUCCAGGCACCUGCGCCAGGCUUGAUCAACUUGGUUUCUUCGAAGAAGCCUAAGCCAAAGAGACGCAGCGCUGGCGCUGAGAAGAUCGAGACUGAUCGCUUCAGCGGCGCUUUCAACCCUCGCCCAGUGUCUAUGGCGGUCACACCUGCCUCCAUGGCCGCUCGUCAGAACGCGGCAAUCUCUCCUGGCCUUGAGUCGGUAGAGGUUGAACUCGAGAACUUGCUCUCCGAGGAAGAGGACUUGAAUGAGGAGGUCGCUAUGGGUCUUAUCCGAAACCUGAAGAUUCCUCUGCCCAGCUCUACCCCUCCACCAACAGAGAAGGAGGUUUUGUUCCCAGCAUACCUGAUCAACCUUGUUACAUCAGAGAUGUGGAACAACGGCUUCGUCAAGGAGUCUGAGCGCUUCUUGGCCAACGUAAUGCAAUCCAUCCAACAAGAAGUCAUGCAGCAUGAAGGGGAUGAUGCGAUCAACCCCGGUGCUUUCUGGUUGUCCAACGUGCAUGAGAUGCUUUCCUUCGUCUUCCUGGCCGAGGAUUGGUACGAAGCACAGAAGACUGAAAACUACGAAUAUGACCGUCUGUUGGAGAUUGUGAAGCACGACCUUGAGAGCUUGGAGUUCAACAUCUACCAUACCUGGAUGAAGGUGCUGAAGAAGAAGCUUUACAAGAUGAUUGUGCCAGCCAUCAUCGAAUCUCAAUCGCUCCCAGGUUUCGUCACCAGCGAAACAAAUCGUUUCCUCGGCAAACUCCUACCAUCCAACAACAACCCCGCUUACAGCAUGGACAACCUUCUCAGUCUUCUGAAUGGUGUCUACAAGGCCAUGAAGGCUUUCUACCUUGAGCAUGCAAUUGUUCACCAGACCAUCACGGAGCUUCUGCGUCUGGUCGGAGUCACUGCUUUCAACGAUCUCCUCAUGCGCCGUAACUUCCUUUCCUGGAAGCGUGGUCUGCAGAUCAACUACAACAUCACCCGUAUUGAGGAGUGGUGCAAAAGUCAUGAUAUGCCGGAGGGCACGUUGAAGCUGGAGCAUCUUAUGCAAGCGACCAAGCUUCUCCAGCUGAAGAAGGCAACCUUGAAUGACAUUGAGAUUAUCCAAGAUAUCUGUUGGAUGCUAUCCCCCAACCAGAUCCAGAAGCUGCUGAACCAGUACCUGGUCGCAGACUACGAGCAACCCAUCAACGGCGAGAUCAUGAAGGCCGUCGCCUCUCGGGUCACAGAGAAGAGCGAUGUCCUCUUGCUGGCUCCGGUGGACAUGGAAGACAGCGGACCAUAUGAGAUCGCAGAGCCCCGUGUUAUCACAGCUCUGGAGACUUAUACUCCAUCCUGGCUUCAGACACCACGAUUGAAACGUCUGGCUGAAAUUGUUUCUGCGCAAGCGGUGGCACAGCAAGAGAAGCUCGAAUUGGACAAUGGAGAGAUCGAGGAAUAG